AAUUGCGCGGGUUUUUAGUCUCAAACUGUAUUAAAUUGUUUUGUUUACCAAUUUAUUAACUAGUUGUUUUGCAAAGUUAAGCGCUGGCAGCUGAAUGAAUCGCAGGUCGUCAUGUCCAAGAAGCCCGCAGCGCCCAGGAAACAGCUCACACUCAGCAGCUUCAUUGGCCUGGAUACCAAUUCCCAGAGUCAACCGAAGAGCAAAGUGACAAACGUGAGGAGCAAGCCUAGUGCAGUCUACAAUCCCAUCUUUCUGGACUCCUCCUCCUCCGACGAUGAAUCUACGCUGAGGUCCAGUCAAUCCAGCAAGGAAACUGUCUCAUCCAAGAAAUCGGUCAAGAAGCACACUUAUUUCGACCUUUCCGAAUCGCCACUAGGUCCACGUAUUGCAAGGAAAUCUGACCUAGAUUCACCUACCAAACUACUGCCAAAGAGUGAGAGCAGCCACUCGUAUCGGGGAUUAUCUGAAUCGCCGCUGGAGAAGCAAACAUUUGAGGAUUACCUAAAGAAACCUCUGCAGAAUGAAAGGAAAAAAACAACCUUUUCCCUGUUGGAUUCUCCUUCACCUGCUAAGCCUGCCAGGAAACCGGAACUAAGUAUAUUUUCGGAAUCUCCAGGGAAAUCCACGACGGACUCGCCUUCUCAAAAGUACUCCUUCGAGGACUCUCCAAUCAAGCAGAAUGGAGGAAGGCACCCACUUCUCACGCUGCCCGAUUCUCCACCUCCUGCAAAGAAAGCAGAGAAAACCUCCCCGAAGAAACCACCAGAGAGAAGGACUUCCCGGGACAAAAUCAUCAUAGAGGAUUCCCCUAAAAAACCACAAGUGACUGAUAGAAAGCCCACUCUUUCCACUUUCCUCGAAUCACCAAGGGCUUCAUAUAAAAAAACAGGCAGCAGUAGUAAUCUCUUCGAGGAUUCGCCAGAGAAAAGCAGUGGCUACAAACUUGGUUCGGCAAAAGAAAAUGCUCUUCCAACUAAACCUGCUGCUGCUCCACCUCCACCAGCGCCUUUAAAGCCCAGACUCAGUGUGACUUUCGACAAUUCUCUGGAUGAUUACCUAAAGAAUUUGGCCCAGAACGACAACUUUAGCAUCGAUCACAACAAUCAAAGCGUUGAAGCGCAGCGCAGUUCUCUAAGCUUCUUUCGCUCUACCUACGUAGAGCUUAUGGAAAAGUAUUGUUCACUGAUUGAUCAGAUUCCCGCCAUGCAUUUCAAUGAAAUCGCCGGUUUUCAGCCAAACACCUUCAUUAAGCUCAAGGUAAUGCGGCAAAAGUUCAAGGCACGGUCGCAGCUUCUCCAGAAACAACUGGAGAAAAAUGAGAGCAAACUGAAGGCUGAGCAAGAUGCCCUGGAGCAGGAGGAAAUGGAAAUGCAGGAGGAGAAGAUUGGGUUUAUGGGUUCAAGUCUAACCCCGCCAGGAAGUACUCUUCGUGUUUUGCCGCCCAGUAAACUCAUGGAGAGCAAGGAAGAAAAGUUUCCUAGCAAGCCGAUUGAUCCGCCACCGAUGUCCAAACGCCAGCAACUCCUCCAUGAUCUUUGCGGUGAGCCAGAUGAUUAUUCGCCGCCCAGCCAGUCACCUUCGAUACCCAAACGCCAGCAGCUCAUUCACGACCUCUGCGGGGAGCCAGAUGAUUUCCCACCGAAAGAUCCGCAUCUGAUGCGAAAAUGUGAGGAAUUGGUUCACGAUUUAUGCGAGGAACCCGAUGACUAUUUGGCCCAGAGCAUGAUGCUCGACGGCGACCUGGAGGAGGAGCAAAUGAACGGGCCCACACAGCGGACCACAGCCAGCGAAAUGGAUGAGGACGAUGAUGAUGACUUGGAGGGCCUCUUGGCGGACAUUGAGAACGAUUACCAGGAGAAGAAGGGCCGUCGGUCAGAGUUCGAGGGCUACAACUACAAGGAAUUGGAGUCUGUGAAGGUGAAGGAGAAGCCAAAGGAGGCGCCAACAAAUAUUACCCUGGAUGACGAUGGCUUUCCCGAAUACGAUGAGGCAAUGUUCGAGGAAAUGCACUCCCAGGCGGCAAUUAAGAACAGCACUUUAUGUACCGCCCCCAGCAGCAGUAGAAGUGUUGCGCCAGCCAAGCUAUCCAGUGCUCCGAAUUCCCAGAAGCUAUCCGGAAACUUCCACUCCAACGUGCACAACGACGGCAUCACCGGCGAGUUCGAUGGCCAAAAGUUCGAGCACUCCACCCGCCUUAUGCAUGGAUUAAGCUACAGCUUCGGUCUGAAGAGCUUCCGUCCCAAUCAGCUGCAGGUGAUCAACGCUACGCUGGUGGGCAACGAUUGCUUCGUCCUGAUGCCCACGGGAGGAGGAAAGUCGCUGUGCUAUCAGCUGCCUGCCAUUCUGACCGAGGGAGUGACCAUUGUUGUUAGUCCGCUGAAGUCGCUGAUCUUUGAUCAGAUCAACAAACUGGCUUCCUUGGAUAUCUGCGCGAAGAGUCUUAGUGGAGAACAAAAAAUGGCCGAUGUGACGGCCAUCUACAGGGAUUUAGAAUCCCAACCACCGCUGGUCAAACUGCUCUACGUGACGCCCGAGAAGAUCAGCAGCUCGGCUCGCUUCCAGGACAUACUGGACACCCUGAACUCGAACAACUACAUCAGUCGAUUCGUUAUUGACGAGGCCCAUUGUGUUUCGCAGUGGGGUCAUGACUUCAGGCCGGACUACAAGAAACUUGGAGUGCUGAAGAAGCGUUUCCCCAAUGUUCCCACCAUCGCCUUAACCGCCACAGCAACGCCGCGCGUUCGUUUGGACAUUCUGGCGCAGUUGAAUCUAAAGAACUGCAAGUGGUUUUUGUCCAGCUUCAAUCGCAGCAAUUUGCGCUACAGGGUUUUGCCCAAAAAGGGUGCAUCCACUCUAGAAGAUAUUAGUGCCUACAUUCGCACCAAGCCGGCGCAUUCGAGCGGCAUCAUUUACUGCCUGUCCCGCAAGGAGUGCGACGAGACGGCCAAGAAGAUGUGCAAGGAUGGCGUCCGGGCGGUGGCCUAUCAUGCGGGACUCACGGACAACGAGCGGGAGACGCGACAAAAGGAUUGGCUGACCGGCAAGAUCAAGGUGAUCUGUGCCACCAUCGCCUUUGGCAUGGGCAUCGACAAGCCGGAUGUGCGGUUCGUCUUGCACUACUCGCUGCCCAAGUCCAUCGAGGGUUACUACCAGGAGGCAGGUCGCGCUGGACGAGACGGCGAGAUGGCCGAUUGCAUCUUGUACUACAACUAUGCGGACAUGCUGAGGAUCAAGAAGAUGCUGGACUCCGACAAAGCCCUCCAGUACAAUGUGAAGAAGAUACAUGUGGACAAUCUGUAUCGCAUUGUUGGCUACUGUGAAAAUCUCACGGAUUGCCGGCGUGCCCAGCAGCUGGACUAUUUCGGGGAGCACUUCACCAGCGAGCAGUGCCUGGAGAACCGGCAGACCGCCUGCGACAACUGCAUCAACAAGAAGGCCUAUCGAGCGGUCGACGCACUGGAACAUGCCCGCAAGGCGGCGCGCGCUGUCAAGGACCUGUGCAGCGGCCGAUCUCGCUUCACACUCUUGCACAUAGCCGACGUCCUCAAGGGCUCCAAGAUCAAGAAGAUCGUGGACUUUAACCACCACAAAACACCGCAUCAUGGAGCCUUGAAAGACUGGGAAAAGAACGACAUUCAUAGGAUACUACGCAAAAUGGUCAUCGAUGGAUUCUUAAGAGAGGAUUUAAUAUUCACCAACGACUUUCCGCAGGCCUACUUGUAUCUGGGCAAUAAUAUUAGUAAACUAAUGGAGGGCACGCCCACUUUUGAGUUUGCCGUGACCAAAAACGCCAAGGAAGCCAAGGCGACGGUGGGCAGCGUUUCCGAUGCGGCAGCAAACAGUGGCGCCGAAAGCAAGUCGGGAAUGCGAGAGAUUCACGAGCGCUGCUACACGGAUCUUCUAGAUCUUUGCCGAACCAUUGCCAGCCAGCGGAACGUCACGAUGGCCAGCAUCAUGAACAUUCAGGCUUUGAAAGCCAUGGCUGAAACACUACCCCUCAGCGAGAAGGACAUGUGCAGCAUACCGCACGUGACCAAGGCGAACUAUGAUAAAUACGGCGCCAAGCUGCUCGAGAUUACCUGCAACUAUGCCUCGGAGAAGCUGCUCAUGCAGGCCGUUCUGGACGACGAGGAGGAGCAGGCGGCCGCCGCCAAGCAGAAGCCCACAACCUCGGGUUGGAACAACGACAGUGCGUUGGAUUGGGACAGAGCGGUGGCAUCGCAGGGUGGGGCAAACACAAGCGGUGGCAGCGGUUUCAACUCCUUCCGAGCGGGCAAGCGAAAAAAGAUCUACAAGGGAGGAGCCAGUAAGAGGUACAAAACGAAUACAUCUUCGCCGGCGGCCAGGAAGACCACAUCCGCCAGGGGCAGAGGUGGUAGGGCAGGGGCGAAGCGAGCGGAAAGCACAGCUUCCUCUUCAUCAUCCGGCUGGAAAUCCAAGAAAACAGGGAGCAGCGCCAGCUUUGAUUUAAUGCCACUGCCAGGCUCCAAGUAA